AUGACAAUGCAGAUUGCCGGGGCAGAGGAUGUGGUGCUUCAGUCCGAUGCAGAGCCUGCAGCCAAGCAAGUGGUCCACGCAGUGCAGGCGUGCAGGGUCCGACUGGGCCUCAGAACAGAGCCCAGGUUCGUGCCCAGGGCUUCCCAUGCGUCUAACGGUGUGGCAGGGCAAGCUGUGAGCACUGUUCGCCGCCUAGCCCUUACGCUGAAAGCCCACUUGGAGGACAGAGCCAAGAUCAAGCUGACUGGGCAGAUGCCGCUGUUCAGUUGGAUAAUGCAGCACGCCUCGUUCCUCCACAACCGCUUCUUCACGACAACCAAAGGGCUCCCGCCGUUUGAGGUGAUCAAUGGGCGGCGCUACAGGGGCCAGUUGGUGCAGUUUGGCGAGUGCUGCGUGGGAUUUUGCCCCACGAAGUAUAAAGGGGACUUCCAGUGGCGAAAGGGAGUCUGGGCAGGCAUCAACGAGAAGAAUGGCAGCCACAUCCUCUUGAGCGAGACCGUGCUUUUGAGACACGUUCCCUUCGCCGGCUUCCUGAAGCCUGAAGAAAGCCAGUGCGUCGCGGAGGAGAUCGUGUCCGCAAAGUGGCUCCCAUGGGACUACGGCGGCAGCUUGCGGAGAAAGCGGGCGCUUUAUACGUCAAGGGCGGGGAUGGGGGAACAACAACAGCAGCAGCAGCGGAGGCGAGACCGAGCGAAAGAGCGAGAGAGCAAGCAGCACCAGCAGAACCCACAAGAAACACACAUGGAAACCAACAAGCAGCAGCGCCAGCAGAGACCGGGUCAAGCGAGAGAGCAACCAGAGCAGCAGCAGAACCCACAAGAAACACAGAUGGAAACCAGCAAGCAGCAGCAAGCAGAGACCUGGGUCGUUUUAGUGGUGUUGCCGAGGAGCAUAGUGGUCCAAUGCCAAUGGAAAUGA